CUCCGACUCCGAGAGCGUCAUGAGCCAAGCGAGCGACCAGCGGCCGCCGCGCACGCCCCGCUCCAUGCCUCACCUCGGCCGGAUCCACUGGCCAGACAUUGGCCAUGCCGGUGACCUCUGCAAAGGGCACGGCGGCUUCAGGCGUGAGCACGUGCGCCGCCGGUCAACGGGCAGGGAGGAGGACUCGUCCCCAGCGUGCGGCCAGCCGCCAUUCAGCGUGCCCGCAGACUCUGGCUGGAGCGCUGUGCCGUCCGCUGCGCCGGCGAACGCCUCCGCGGCCACCACUGCCGCGAGGCAGCGCCGCUUUCAGGUGGCUCCUCGCGACGCGGAGCUCGUCAACCGGCAGGGCUCCCUGGUCAGCCGCGCACCCGGCAUACCGCCGCUCGAGACCCAGCGCCGCCACUUUCGCAUGGCUCCGUCCCGGCCGCCGGGCGCCGUCGCCGCGUCUCGGGUCUCCUCGCAAGGCUCCUGCGAGGCGCGUUCGCCGUCGCGCCCUCCUCUGCUCAUCAGCAGUGAGCAGCUGCCGCCAAAGGCGGCCGGCAAGCCGCAAGGCCUCUUCAGGCGGAGAGCGUGUGAACAGGCGGCAGCGGCCUCGCCGGCGAGGCUCUGUCCACGCCGGCGCCGCCCCGCACGCGACACCGUCCCUCCUCUGACCGCCUCGCGCCCCUGACACCGUCCCGCCGUGAGCAGUCGGCCGAGGAGGAGCGGCUGGUGCCGGUGCACGAGGCGGCGCAGGCGCAGACGGCGCUGCUGAGCGCGCUCACCUCUCCGGGCCCGCCGGCGGCGCUGCCGGAUAAUGCCUCUCGGCGGACUGCCCCUUGCAGGCGCCUCUUCACACCUCUGAGGGCGGCGCCUCUUCACGCGUCUGCGCGCGCGUGAACAGGCGUGCGCUGCUGCUCACCGCCCUCGAGGCGCAGCGGGAGCUGCUCGCCGCCGACAACGCGUCGCUCCUCGACGCGAAUCUCGUGCUGAGGUAGGGGCUGGCCCCGAGACGCUCCUGACCCACAGUUGCGUGUGUGGUGCUUCGGCGGGACGGGUACGAGAGCAAUGUAGGGAGUGGCGUGGAGACCCCUAGCUUCCCGUGCCCCACUCUAGGCGGCACCUGCAGGUGGUGCGCGGCGGAGUCGCAACGUGAAGACGAGGCAUCUACGAAAUGCGGUUGCGAGGCUUCCGGUAGCCCUCCGGUCUAUAGCCCUCCGGUCUAUGCGUAGACCGGAGGCAGCCUGAAGGAGUGAAUGGCGACGGACUGUGUACCUUGUGGGCCACUUGGAGUACUUUUUUUCGAGGCGGUUUCUUUUGACUUUCGAACUUUUAGCUUAC